AUGGCAGCAAAUCAAGUUCAAGUUCGUCUUCAAAAAUUACUCAACAAUGAAUUAUCAUCACAUGAUAAAAAACUCCUUAUUUCUGCGUAUGAUGCUUUAGUUAGUAUUCUUCAAACGCCUGAAAUGCGUAAACAAUUGUCUGAAGAACAUGAAUUACUUUUUGAGUGUAUAUCGAAAAUAAUUCUCACGUCAUAUAAUAAAUAUUUUCAUGGUGAUCAAUUACGUUUUUUACUUGAUUUAACAUCGAGUGUAUGUACUUUAUCAAUGUCACAGAAUCAAAUAAUUGAUAAUUGGCUACAAAAUAUCGAAGAACGUACAUUUGAAAAACAAGAUUGUUAUAAUGAUGAUGAUGAUGAUGAUGAUAAUUUAAUUGAAAAUGGAACUGAAAGUGGAAAAGGUGGAAAAAAAAGAAGUAUUCAAAAAAAUCAUCGAAAUUCUGAGCCAACUAAAGUACAUGAAGCUUCAGCUCGUGGAAAAAACAAUCGAAAAUCACCAAGGAAUGAUAGUACAAAUAAUCUUAGCAAAGGAUCUAGCAAAAGCGCAAAUAAAAAACGCUAUACGGUUCCAUUCAAUAAUAAAUCUAAUGCCGAUCGUCAAUUUAAUCAUAGCUACAUUGGCGGUGAAUAUGGUCAUGUUCGUACUGAUUCAACCAAUGAAAAAGAAUCUCCUAUCGAAAUAAUUCUGUCAAAAAGAAGUCAAAGUCGAUUUGCACGAAUUUGUAGGAAAUCAAGAGAAUUAAUUGAUGUGUGGUAUAACGUUGAAAAACGAAAUAAAAAAUUUAAAUUAAAUCUUUCACGUAUAAGAAAACUUCAAAAAUUAUACGGAGAAAAUCUUUCAACAAUUUUUCAUGAAAAAGAAUCAAUAUUUUAUUCGCUUGUUUGUCAUGUUGCACAAAAUGAUUUUUUAUUUGGAAAUGAUCAAUAUUUAGCAUUAUAUGAUUUGAAAAAUAUUUUAUUACCAGAAAAAUAUUCUUUAUUAAAUCGAGAUCGUUCAAUAUUUUGUCGACAACGUACAUUAAUACCAUUAAAUGAAAUCACAGAACAUAUUCAAACGAAACCUGUAAUUCAACAGACAAUAUUUAACGAUUUUCAAGAAUAUAUUAUUCGUUCAACAUCGCCAAUAUUAUUUGAUUUAAUUAAAUAUUUAUUGAAAUCAAAUAUUUUUAUAAAUAUAGAAUAUUUAGAAUAUUUUUCAAAUAGAAUUUUAUUUGAUAUGAAAAAAGAUAUUUUUUCAAAUGAACAACUUGAUGAACUUCAUAGAUAUUGUGGUAAUCGUAUGAAACGUUUUGAAUGUAAUAAUCGAGAACUGUGGACAGAACGUUCAAUUUUAUUUCAAAAUGAUAAAACGAUACAAAAUGAUCUCAAUCAAUGGAUUUUAGCAUUAGAUCAAGUUUUGAGUACAAAUCUUAUUGAACAAAUAAAUGACGAAAAAAUUGUUGUUCAACAUUCUUUCUGGUAUUCUACUAUCUUAAUAAUGGCUAGUAGUAAUCAUUUGAAUAAAGAUCAAUUUGAACGUGUUUUAAAGUCAGGUAUUCAAUCAACAUUAUUUAAUUCAAUACAAAAGUUCUAUUUACAAUAUUAUUUAAAUGAAGGACAUGCACCAAUAACUAUUAAUGAAUUAAAUCUAAUCAAAACUCAAUUAGAAAAUCAAAAUAUUAACGAGAAAAAAUUAGCCUAUGAACAAAUGAAAAUCAUACUUGAUAGAUCAAAACCAGAAUUUAAGAAUGAAGAAUUCAAACAGUUAGACGAUUUAAUUCCAAUGAUUCAUCAUCAUGUUCUACAUCGUUUGAUUUCUCUUGUUGAACUGAUUUUUUCGCAUACAAAUAUAUUUUCAAAAGAACAAUUACAAGAAUUACUCGAUAAAUUUCUUUAUCAAUCAACAAUUGUUCGUCCAUUACCAUCUAAAAAAACAAAAAAGUUACUCGCAUCUUAUUCUCGUUCAAUAUCAUUACGCGAAUUGGAAACUAAUUGUCUUUCACCAAAAUCAGAUCUUAGAAAAUGUAUACUAUUACUGAGAAGUAGGCGAUUCAUGGAAAAAGAUGGAGCAUAUGAUCUUUUGGCUGAAUCAAUUAUAAAUAUAUUUAAAAAUCGACAAAAAUUUUCCAAUGAACCAUGUCAAGAGUUAAAAAAUCUUCUUGACGAGAAAUUUUUAGGAAAAGAACGUUAUUAUUUGAUUAAUGAAGCUUAUAAAGAGUUUCGUACAAAUAAAAACAAUCUUCUAAUAUUUAAUCGAACGAUUCUCAAUCAAUUAUUAAAUAAAAUUCUUUUAAAAGAUUAUCAAGCUCAUUUAGACUUUAUUAAUGUAUUAGAAAAUAUUUCACAAUCGAUUGAUUUCAAAGAGAUUUCAGUUGAAUUUGAAAUCAAUCGUUGUCUUUUAACAGCAAUCAUUUUAAUUAUAAUCGAUGCUGAUUAUUCAAACUCAUCAGAUUUACUUUUGUGUCAACAACGUUUAACAACAAUAAUAGAAAAGCAAAUAAUUUUUUUUCCAUUACUUCUUAGUGAACAACAAUAUGAACUUAUUACAUCACCUUCAACAGUAACAGCUGAUAUUGAUCUACUUAUUAGUUUAUUAAAAACAACUUUAAAUGAAAGCGAUCUUCUAAUAAUUAAUCGAACGCUUCUCAAUCAAUUAUUAAAUAAAAUUCUUUUAAAAGAUUAUCAAGCUCAUUUAGACUUUAUUAAUGUAUUAGAAAAUAUUUCACAAUCGAUUAAUUUCAAAGAGAUAACAAUUGAAUUUGAAAUCAAUCGUUGUCUUUUAACAACAAUCAUUUUAAUUAUAAUCGAUGCUGAUUAUUCAGUUUCAUCAGAAUUAAUUUUGUUUCAACAACGUUUAACAACAAUGAUAGAAAAACAAAGAAUUUUGUUUUCGUUACUUCUUAGUGAACAACAAUAUGAACUUAUUACAUCACCUUCAACAGUAACAUCUAAUAUUGGUGUACUUAUUAGUUUAUUAAAAACAGAUUUAAAUGAAAGCAAUUUUUCUAAUUUAAUUUAUUUUAUUCAGAAUAGAUUAAAACAAAAACCUGAUUUUAGAAAAUUAAUUAAUUUUUUAAUUUAUUCAUUUGAUAAUGAGUUUUUGUCUAUUAGACAAACACUUCAAAUAUCAAACUUAAUUUUUCGAUAUUCAAAAUUAAAUAAUAAUAAUUCUGAACAUUUCCUUCAAUUUCUUAUCGAAUUACUUCAAUUGGAAAUACAUUCAUCACCGAAGUUUUUCUUAAAACUAAUACGGUGUGAUCAAGAAAAUGAUGAAAUAAUCAGUCAAAUAACAAUUAUGUUAACCAUGCAAACCGGAACCUAUGCUACUGUCGAGUGGAAAAGAUCAAUGCUGAGUUUAUUACAAAUUAUCUUCGAUAGAUCAGAUAAUUAUGAAGAUUUAAAAGAUAUUGCUCUACGAUCUUCAAUGUUUCAAAAGGUUAUAUUUAGACAACAACUAGAAUCUUAUGCAAAGAAGACAUCGGAUAAUCAGUCUGAUGAAAAUAAAGAACCUGUUGCUGUUCCGAAAAAUAAUAAUAAUAACGAUACUCCUACUAAACAUUGCGAAUUAUUUCGUCGGUUGGAAUCUGACGAUGAAUCAAUAAAUGCACUUGCCAUAAGUCAAUUACGCACAUAUCUUGUGAAUGAACAACUUUCAUCAGAAAUUUUACUUCCGACAUUUGUUCAAGCUCUUCAAUUUAUAUUUCACAAUUUCCGAAAAUUUCCUAGAGUAUCACUUAGUAAAUGGAUACUAUUAAUUGCUAAAAAUCGUGGAAAAAUAUUUUCAAGUGGUGCUCUAUGUGAUCAAUUAUUAAUAGAUAUAGUUUUAGGUCGAUUUCAUAUGCCGACGAAUAUAUUCACUUCAUUAAAUCGUUUAAUUCAAUCAAAUAAAACUGAUCAACGACAUGAUGGUCUUAGUAAAUUACGUUUACUUUUAAGAAUUACACGCAUAAAUUGUAAAGAAAAUGAAGCACAUAAUUUACCAACAAUAUCCAAUCAACUUUAUAAUGCAAUAACUCAUAUUGUAUUCGAUGGAAAAUUCAAUGAUCAUCAAGUACAACUAUGUGUAAAAGCCGCUAGAAAUUCUUGGCUAUUAAAUAGUGAUCAUAGAGAAAAACUGAAUAAUAUUUAG